GUCACUUCCUCCAGUCUUGGGCUAGAGAAGAUGGCGGCUAUUGUGGAGAGAGUUGAGGGAGGUGGAGGGUCUGUCGAUUCCGACUCGGUUUCGCCCAGAUUGCCUUCUCCACCACCCGAUCAGCCUCAUCAAAAUAACCCACUCCUCGGACUCCCCAUCGUGGCCAUCGAGACCAUUUUAAAUUUCCUGUCCUAUGAUGAAAUCAGCCUGCUGCGCCUGGUAUGUAAGCGCAUGGACAUGAUUUGUCAACGUAUGCUUAACCAAGGUUUCCUCAGAGUGGAGCGUUAUCACAGCCUCUGUCAAAAACAAGUCAAAGCCCAGCUGCCGAGGCGGGAAUCUGAGAGGAGGAACCACUCUCUGGCUCGCCAUGCAGACAUCUUAGCUGCAGUGGAAACACGCCUAUCUCUGCUCAAUAUGACCUUCAUGAAAUAUGUGGACUCCAAUCUCUGCUGCUUCAUACCUGGCAAGGUGAUAGAUGAAAUUUACCGAGUUCUGCGCUAUGUAAACUCUACUCGCGCACCACAGAGGGCUCAUGAGGUGCUCCAAGAGCUGCGGGACAUCUCAUCUAUGGCCAUGGAGUACUUUGACGAGAAGAUUGUCCCCAUCCUUAAGAAGAAGCUCCCAGGGGCUGACCUGUCCGGGCGUCUUAUAGGAUCCGCACCAGUGGCUGGGCCGUCUAACUCUCUUAGCACCAUGACGCUGCUGGCCAAAAAUGCUCCGUCCCGCUCGGAGAUGACCAAGGUACAACAGCAGGUGAAGGUGAACGGCGCGUCCAUGACGGCGCUGCGGCGUGAGAUGCAGGAGGUUCGCGUCAAGCAGCUCGAGCAGCAGAAGCAGCUGCAAGACCAGGAGCAGAAGCUGCUGGAACAGACGCAGGUGAUCGGCGAGCAGAACGCACGCAUUGCUGAGCUCGAGCACAAGCUGCGCGAACUCAUGGAGAGUGCCGUGGAUGCCAGUGCAACCCGGGCCAUGCCCACUACCUCCUCUUCCUCCUCGACUUCCUCGUCUGCCGGUGCUGUAGCCGUAGCAUCCACUUCUUCAGUCAGCCUGGGCACGACAUCAGAGAGCAUAGCGGAAGAAGGAGGCGUCCCUCUCAAACGGCGCCGCAAGAAUUCAGACCUACCACGCCACUCCAAGCGUCUGCGGAGCAAGAAGUAGAGGGAUUUCUUUUCGUUUUUAUGGGUUGCUCCUUUUCUUUUUGUUUUUGUUUUACCGAGGGUCGUUUAUUGCUUAAUCCAAUCCGUUUUCUUUGCACCCGCCCACAGUUGGCGCGAAACAUGGACAGAGCGUGAUGGAUAUCUGCUUUCAUUUUUACGUGUUUUAAGCAAAUGCUAUUGUGUCCCUUUCUAUCAUACACUAAUAAGCCUAAAGGCUCUUGGUGUACUGGCUUUAGGUGACGCUUGCCUUCUGUGUCUGCUGUCGUUAUAUGGCGUCGAUCUCGAAAUUCACGAUGAGAGGAAGAACGAUAAGCUGUAAUUAAGCAUCUGUUGCUCCGAGUCAAGUACAAAAGCAUGUUCUUUACUUUCCCUGCGGAAUUAGCAAACUUUAAGAAAGAGGUGAAAAUGAGCACACACGUAACACUGGCUACAACAUUAACAUAUUUUUUCAACUAUUGCCCCAAGUUCGGCCAGAUAACGUCUAAAUUACAUAAAGCAUGUGUUUCCUAUUCCAUUUAAAAUGAUAAAUAUCCAGAAUGUAAGGAUUUGAAACCCAUCUUAACGAUCCCUGGCUAUCGCAAGCGACACCUUGUUGAAAUGUCAUGUUGUAGCUACCAUUAUUUUUGUGGUUGUACAGUUGCUUACAAAAUAGAGCUGUCAGUGCAAUAAGGCUUCUCGGAAGCUUUGUCCUGAGUUAUUAAUGUCCAGUUUAUUUUUCGGACGUAACGUCUGCCGCUCCAGUCUUGCUACAUUUCUUUUACUCCAAUUCUCCAAUCAUGCUAAAGGCUUUCACUUUGCUGCGUGCCGUUUUCAGUCUGUCAUUCCCCCAGACAGUGCUACACUAGCUAGCAACAAAAUGAAAGCUAACAUUGUCGGCUAGUAAGGUGCAUUAUUUAGCUCUCGUUUGCCUAUUUGGCUAUCCUUCUUUACUGAGUAGAAAUUUGUCAGGUCCUCAUAAACUAGAGGAGUCUCACAUUUAUAUUUUACUACUACGACACUUAAACAAGAUUUUAUCCUGGUCAGAUGAUGCUAAUGCCCUGAAGGAAUUUGUUGCAGUGCUGCAAAAUAAUUAGCCCAGAUAGAAAUCCACCUCUUUUUCCAUAGCAGGAAGUUGACUCACCAACUCAUGUUUCAUGUCAUGUUUCACCAACUUGAAACUGUAGAGCUAUUUAGUCAUCAUGCUCAUCAACAGCUCCUCGUUUAUCUCCGUCACUGAGAUGCAGUGGUAAGCAUGUAAUUAAAUAUCAUCACAACCCUGACGUUUCUUCAUUAGGCUUACUGAAGUAUGACUGAAAUCUCCACCCUGCCCGCAUAAACGCUUUCACACAGUGGAACCAGCAGGUGGCGUUUCUUUAGAACUUGCUAAACAUUGUUUGCUUCUUCCUUUCACUAAAGAUCAGAAGGGAAAGAAAACACCGGAGUAGAGAAACACUCUAAAUCCUGUCAAAUAAUGAAGAUUGCUGUUAAUGAAAGACGUUAUGCUAACAUUAGUCGCAUUAGCAUUGUUUGGGUUAACAAACACUUCAAGAGACAAUUCAGAUUCCAGACCUGGUUGUGGUAAAGCUCUACCAGCUUAUUCCUCCUCAUUUCUGAACUACAUGUCCAUUUUGCAAGCAGUUCGGUGAAGAUCUAUCCCCACAAUUGACGUGAUAUUGACAUGCAAAGGAGAAUUGGACUCAUCUAAUCCUUCCUUCUGAACCCUGGCUUUAGAAUCGCAUGAAUGUUUUAAUAUUAUAAAGCAGGACACACACCGAAAUACUUUAUAACUUGUGGCUUAAUGCAAGACGAAAGGAAAAAGAAAAAGUACUGUACUGUAAACAUGUACUUCAGAGAGAAGACCGGGUUAUUUUAUGUAUGUAAUAAGGGGAAAGUAAUCUUGUACAUUGCCUGUUUGUGGCAGAGAGAGAGAGAAAGAGAGAAAAAAGAAUUUGUUGCACAUAUUCCUGUUAAAAAUUGUUCAAAUGAAUCAUAUUAAAUCACAUUACGGCAGAGCCAUUUGGUGAGUGAGUGACGAGUUUUUAUUCAGUCGUAUUUUGAGAUUUGAUGGUGGAAAGAGGGUAAGAAAAAAACACGGUAAAUUUCGUUAUAUUGUAAGAGAGAAAAAUCUGGUAAGAACAAAGAAAGGCACAAUAAAGAAUUUAUUUAGAAUAAAAAUGUAGCUUUAGAAACCGGACUCUUUUACCGCCGUGACCCGGGUUCGAUUCGCCGGGCAGCCAAUCGUUCAGGAUUUAACUCUCAAUAUCAAGAAGGCUGUGUGUCAAACCUGUGCAGAUGUGAUGAUUCCCUCCUACGUUGAACCCUGAACACGGAGCAGCUGAAGGACAACAACUCAAUUACAGUCCUAUAUUUAAAAAGAACCCAAAAAUGCUUAGCAUGUCGUCACAAACGUCCCCUCAGUUCCAGUUCCAGUAUAUUAUCAGCUUUGGUGAAAGGUGUUUAUCGGUGUUGACUUUAGAAGCAGAGUUUGCUCAGAACCACUAACCAAAACCAGUAAGAAUUUUAAAAAGAGGUUCAGUAAUCAGAUUAUAAAUGUUAGCAGCCGAAAACCUUAAGACCUUGUAAAUUCAACUGUGAGACUAUUUAAUAUUUAACAUCAUUGGUUUGUAGGUUUACUCACACAAGGUAACGCUGUGGAUGGACAGCAGGUAGUUAACACCAGCAUGUCAUAAACUGACACACGUCAUAAAUGUAAAUUUAAUCAAAUGCGAAAAAGGAGAAAAAUCAAUUAUCAACAAUGGUUAUACCUAUUUCAUAAAUUAUGCUAUAUUAUACCAGCCUGAGGUGGGAGAGGGAGCAUGUACAGGGUAGUUGGUCAGAAUUGGUUCUAGUUGCAAAAUGCACAUUUUUUUUCUUAGAUGUGAAUUAUUAUUAUUAUUAUUAAUAUUAUUAAUUUAUACAUACUGUAGCUUAGACACUUUUUUACUGAAAAAUCUGUUCAGUGUUUAGUGCUGUGCUGAGACGUGAGUUGUGCGUAUAUGUUAAAAUUUACAGAAAUACUCUAGGUGCUUGGCCUCACCCCAGAGCUGCUAACAUUUUCUAUAAUAAUAAUUGUACAAGGUUCUGUGGAAUUUAUUAUAGACAAUGCUUCGGAUUGUUACCACAAAGAAUUUUUUUCGAACCUGCUAUAGACUGCGUAUAGGAAAAUGGGCUUCUUCAUAUUUGACUGAAAGGUAGACAGGGACUUAGUGGAAUAUUUGCUUUGUAAAAUGGAGCUUCCUUUACGUCAAGCCUUUAAACCUGGCUAGCAAAGUGAACAAAAGGCUUUAUCCGAAUCCAACCUUUGUACAUCUGUUGUGCACCCGAGGCGUCAGAUUUCACUGUGUUCAAACGUGGGCAUGUUGUCCCUCUACACAUGAAUGGAAUGCCUUUAUCACAAAAUCAGCGUUCAUUCUGUCGAAUUAUUUAGAAAGCGUUUAUCCUGGUCAAGGUUGCGGUGGAUCCGGGAAAAACUUGGGUCGAGCCCUGACCCAUCGAGGCAUGGACUCCACUAGGUCCCUGAAGGUGUGCUGUGGUAUCUGGCACCAAGAUGUUAGCAGCAGAUCCUGUAAGUUGUAACGGAUAUUUACACGACUCAGAGGACACUUACAGGAUACUUUUGAUAGAUACUGACCACUGCAGACCGGAAACACCCCACAAGAGCUGCAGUUUUGGAGAUGCUCUGAUCCGGUCAUCUAGCCAUCACAAUUUGGCCCUUGUCAAACUCACACAAAUCCUUACUCUUGUCCAUUUUUCCUACUUCUUACACAUCAACAUUGAGGACAAAAUGUUCACUCGCUGCCUUGGUGGUGGCUCAAGUGGUUAAGGCUCUGGGUAGUCCCCUGGAAGGUUGGGGGUUCAAGCCCCAGCACUGCCAAGUUGCCACUGAUGGGUCCUUGAGCAAGACCCUUAACCCUCUCUGCUCCAGGGGUGCUGUAUCAUGGCUGACCCUGUGCUCUGACCCCAACCUCCAAGGAUGGGAUAUGUGAAGAAAGAAUUUCACUGUGCUGUAUAUGUGACAAAUAAAGGCCAUUUCAUUAAUACAUCCCACCCACUAACAGGUGCUCAUAAUGUUAUGCCUGAUCAGUUCAGGAAUCAUGUAUUGUGCACAUAUAAUACUUUUGUCCUUCAUCUGCAUCACCACAGGUCAUCAAAAUAUUUUAUUUCUGCACAGGUUUUCUUGGACACUUUUCCUUUCACAACCCUACUAUUUCACCCCCUCAGUGUCUGCUUUAUUUCUCUAUCCGGGAAUCGAACCCGGGUCCGGGUGGUAGGAGUUUUCACAUACUGUAUAUAGUAGAAAACAUCUCGGCUUUAACAGCGUGACAGGUUUCCCAGGCUGCCACACAUGCAGUAUACGUGACGGAUAGCUUUAAGAUAAUGUUGGCGUAAACUCCCUCCUACAUGCGCGUGAUUGGACGCUGCAAAGUGGUGUAGGACGAUUCGAUUUCAAUUGGCUGGUGUGAACGCAUUUAGUCCGUGUUCUACAGUACAGAUCCGCCCUAUACACCAGAACACCACCCAUUGGACGCAGCCCGACACUGCCAUUUCAGCCGAAGUUCUAACUGUUCUCUGUUGAGCAAGGGGGGCAAAAAGUGACCCGCUCCAUGAACUAAAAAAAAAAAAUCGCCAAUACAGGAUCAUCUGACCUUCAGGAAC